AUGGCAAGUAAUAGUCCAUACAUAGUUGUGCUUGUUUAUCUCAACUGUCGUAUGAGAAACGGCGAGAACAGGGUGACAUUUGAGUGUGAGGAUCCGAUAUUGUUUCGAACUCGGCGGGUGGAGAUGUUGUCCGAUUUGAGGAGUUUGAUAUUGAGCAAGCUCGGGGGUACAAAAGCGAGGAAAAUCGGAAGGGUGGCGUAUAGGUUGCUGGCACCCAUAGGUAACGGAGUCUUCCGGUUUCGACUAUUCCGACUUCUAGGGGACGAGCAUGUGCGAGUGAUGUUCGACAUCCAUGGGAGGAUCAUGGUUGAGCAAAUAAUGGAGCUUUCUGUAGAGGUGGGACACGGUGGCGACGGUCCUUCCGUACACUCGACCUAUGUGCAGGACGACCGACCCCUUGCACCACUGCCCAUUCAUGUCGCCGUUCCAGUGGAUGAGGCAGAGGAGGGCGAGGAGGAGUCGGACGAGGAUUACGUGGGGGACAGUGGUGACAGUGACUUGUCUGAUAGUAGGGAUGAGGAUGAGUGUGUUCCGGAGACACCUGUUCCGACCGUGGCCCACCAUGUCUUGCCUCCACCUCUUCCAAUACCGGCACUUUCGGCAGUUCUGUCUCACCAUCACAGUCUGGAUCUAGACGUCAUGCAUGAGAGGACUCUGUUUCUUGACACGGGUGAAGAGGAUUACAACCUAGACGGCGGUGUAGAGUUUCGGGUCGGCCACAAGUUUAAGAGCCGAGAGGCAGUGCUUCAAGGUGUGAAGAACUACAAUAUUCGGAGGAGUGCGGAGUAUCGGGUGAUCGAAUCAGACCGGUUAAAGUACCAUGUGCAGUGCCGUCAAGCUGAGAAUGGGUGUUAA